AUGCCAUCUCACAUUCAUACACUUUAUGCUGCACUUGUACUUAGUAAAAAAGCAAAUGCGCGAAUUAAAAAUAUUGAUAUUGAGGAGGCUUCAAAAGUUGCAGGAUUUGUAUCGUUUGUCGGUUAUACUGAUGUACCAGGUUCGAAUCAGUUAGAUGAAUUUUUACCUGGUGAAGAAGUAUUCGUAUCAUCAAUAGCACUUUGUGUUGGUGCUAUUAUUGGCAUUAUUGUUUGUGAAUCUGAACAUGCAGCUAAACUAAAUUUAGCUGCAAGUCUUGUUGAAAUUGAUUAUGAUUUAUUGUCACCAAGAAUUUUCUCUAUUGAAGAUGCUAUUAUUCAUCCAUCUUAUUUUGGUGAUGAAAUAUCUCUUCAGCAAGGUGAUCUUGACGAUGUCUUUCAAAAUACUGAACAAAUUUUAGAAGAUACAUUAUACAUUGGUGGUCAAGAACAUUUUUAUAUGGAAACAAAUUCUUUUAUGGUUAUACCGUCAAAUGAUGAUAAAGAAAUAAAUAUAUAUACAGGAAGACAAAAUCCUACUGAUACUCAAGAAAUAAUAGCAUUUGUUCUUGGACGAAAUGUUUAUCAUAUAACAUGCCAUGUUAAAAGAAUUGGUGGAGCAUUUAGUAUUCCUCUCUGUGCUGAUGUUGUAGUACCUGCUGUUAAAAUUGCUCGUCCUAUUCGUCUCAAUCUUGAUCGAUCUGUCGAUAUGUCAAUAAGUGGACAUCGGCAUCCAUUUAAAAUUAAAUAUAAAGUAGCAUUUACUAAUGAAGGUCGUUUUUUAGGACUUGAUAUUCAAAUGUGGAAUAAUGCUGGUUGUACGUUAGAUUUAUCAAAAAGUAUUAUGGAAUGUGCUAUGCUUCAUAUGGGGAAUUCAUAUAAAUUUUCUAAUAUUCGAAUUCAUGGUCAUGUUUGUAAAACACAUUUACCAUCAAACACUGGUUGCCGUGGUUACGGUGGACCGCAAGCUAUGCUAGCAUGUAAAACAAUAGUAGAACAUAUUGCUGCAUAUCUAAAAUGUGAUCCAUUUACUAUUCGUUGUUUGAAUUUGUUCAAAGAAGGUGAUACAACUCAUUAUGGCCAAAUUUUAGAAAACUGGAAUGUUCCACGAAUUUUGGAUGAACUUAAGGAAUCAAGUGACUUUAUUCAAAGACAACAGAAUGUUGAAGAAUUUAAUCAAAAAAAUAAAUAUCGAAAACGUGGUGUUAGUAUGGUACCAGUUAAAUUCGGCAUCGGUUUUGAAAUUCAACAUUAUAAUCAGGCAGGAGCCUUUGUUCAUGUUUAUAAAGAUGGUUCAGUUGUAAUUAGUCAUGGCGGUGUAGAAAUCGGUCAAGGAUUACAUACAAAAAUGAUAGCAAUAGUUGCUGAAGUAUUAGAUUGCAGUGUUGAUCAAAUACGAAUUAGUGAAACAGCGACAGAUAAAAUUCAUAAUACAACUCCGACAGGUGCAUCAACUUCAUCAGAUCUUAAUGGAAUGGCUGUAAGACACGCUUGUGAACAAAUUCGUCAACGAUUAGAUACACUUAUUAUUGAUAAUAAUGCUAAUAUUUCAUAG